GACAAAUGGGCUGUCCUCGCAAUCACGCACGGCCUCACGGAAAACAGGAAUCGUAAAUAAGAUCGGCUUCUUCGGUGAUUACGGUUUUUGAUGUCCGGAAACUGAACGUACACCGAACACCGAAUAGCGAUGGAAGUUCCCACCGAACCAAACAACCGUACACCGAAUAAACAGACAAAUCGGUUAAUCCGGUUCGGUUCGGUUCGGUUUUUCGGUUUUCGGUGUGACAGUGCCCACCCCGACCCUGCACGACCGAGGGCAAGCAACCCGACCUCCAUCUCCCGCCCGGCCAAGAAAAGACCGCAGCUUUGGUCCAUCUCCAUGGCAGCACGCCAAGGGCAGCCUGCACAACACGCAGCCACCAGCCACACCAAUCCAGGCAGGCGGGCACGCAGCAGAUGGCCCAAGGACCCGGAACGGCCAGAUCCGGAUCGCACGCCGUCGCCGCCAUCUCCCAACUCCGGAGCCAAUCGAGGGCGCUCGACGCCGCUGCUACACCCGACCGCUGCCGAAGCAGCAUCUCCUGGCCGGGCUCGCAGCGCCGUGACCACCUCGAGUACCCUCGCCGGCGUCACCUUGACCCAGCCGCGCACCCGCCUCCAGGACCCUUCCCGGCUCCACUCGGAGCCCGAACCCGUGCGCCAAGGCCUCCGCUGCUACUCCCUUGCCAAGCUCCGCCACUCCGCUGCGCUCCCCGCCAUGCGCCGCCACACCAGAAGAAACCUCCCGCGCUGCCCGCUUGGCGUCCCACCCCCGCGGGAGGGGAGCCCACCGGGGCACGCCGACCCCGCCCGUCGCCUUCGACGGCUGGGGUAGCACAAGGAGGAGGCUUGCGGGGCUAGGGAUUUGGCCUCCAGAGCCGCCCGCGCGAGCGGCCCGGGAGGAAGGGGAAAGUGUUCGGGCUCCUGAUUGCGUGUGGAAGUAACAUUUGGAGGCUGGUUUGAUGCGUACAAAUGGAUCCGACGGCCAGGGAUACCCGCAGACAAGGAGAAAAGGCACCAAGUCUUCCUCGGCUCUGAAUGACAACGAGAAUGGCGGCGCUCCUCUUACUCCGAAGGCUGGCGGCCGGCGGCGCGGUUACAAGGCUGCAGCAACCGUACGCCGGCCUAGCCACCGCAGCAGCGAGGCAGGACGCUCUAGACGCUACCGGCGAGGAGAGCGGACGGCCGGACAAGGGGAACAAGAACCGCUGGAUGGAGCUCCCGCCGUUCGCGCCGGUCGAUGCCGCCGCCGCUGCGAGAGCCAUUUUUCGAGGGCAGGGAGGAGAUGAGAUAGAAGGGAACUCCAACUCCACCGCCAUCAGAUGGGUCCGGCGAUGCUGCCCCCACCUGCCGGCCUCGCUGGUGCAGAAGCUCUUCCGCCUACGCAAGGUUAAGAAGAAUGCUGUGACUGCGGAGACAUCUUCCACAGAUGCUAGUGCUGAGCAAUUCCGGUUGAGAAGGGUUUCGGCAAAAGAUCACCUAGUACCUGGUGAUACCCUCUUUCUACCUGUUAAUAUUCAAGAAUCUCCUGUUGCUGAGAAGGCCAGGAAAUUUGAUAACAGGAAUGAGAUUGAUUUUUUACGUAGCCUUGAGAUUUACAAGGAUAAAGCCAUCAUUGUGGUCAACAAACCCCCUGGAAUGCCGGUUCAAGGUGGUGUUGGCAUAAAAAACAGUAUAGAUGUGCUUGCCCCGAUGUUCGAAGAAAAUUCUUCUGACGCACCUCGCCUGGUCCACAGACUUGAUAGGGAUUGUAGCGGCGUCCUUGUUCUGGGUAGAACUCAACUUAGUGCUUCCAUUUUGCAUGCUAUCUUUCGUGAGAAAACUGCUGAUGCUUUAGCUGAUGGUACUCAACAAGUAUUGCAACGAAAAUAUGUUGCACUUGUUAUGGGAACACCUAGACAUCCCAAGGGUUUACUCUCGGCUCCACUUGCGAAGGUUUUAUUACAAGAUGGCAAGUCUGAGCGUCUGACUGUUAGAGCUGGUCCAAAUACUACAUCUGUUCAGGAUGCUUUGACAGAAUACAGAGUGAUUGAAUCUUGCCCCCGAGGGUUCACUUGGUUGGAACUAUUUCCUCUCACCGGAAGAAAGCAUCAGCUCCGAGUCCACUGUGCAGAGGUUCUCGGAACGCCGAUCGUAGGGGACUACAAGUACGGGCGUCAAGCGCACCAGGACUGGACGCCUCUCCCCGUGCCGCAAACCGUCGACGAGGAACUGCUCAGGAAGCAAAGGCUUCCCUUUGGUCUUGUCCUGGGCGGCGGGAGCGUCGCGGAGGAGCAGCCUCAGCUGCAUCUGCACUGCAAGCAGAUGAUGCUCCCUGAUAUCUCAGCUGCCGUCCAAGGGUUGCAGUCUGAAGACGCCGAGCGUGACUUCUCGGGUCUCGAGAAGCUCAGCUUCGUUGCUCCAUUGCCGCUGCACAUGCGGCUGAGCUGGGAGGUUUUGAAGUCCGUUGACAAGUAAUCGAAGAGUGGCGUCCUUAGUGUCUGUUCUCUACGCCGACCGACUGUGAUACGGAUGAUGUGUUGCUCAAGUCUACAGCCACAGAAGCUUCACCAAAAGAUCUCAUUUUAGUACUAUAGCACAGUGACAGCGGUUCCUUUUUUCCUUUUGUUAGGGAAUUCACUAUCCACCACAUUUUCAUUUUUUGCUUGGAGCCUUAACGCUCAAGGGAUGUACUUCUAAUGGUUACAUUGUUUUCAAUCGGCAUCAUAGAAUACACUAGCUCAGCUAAGUAUGAAGCAAUCAUUGAAUA